AUGUUAAUUGUAUUCCCCAUUAUAAUGGACAAAAAGAUAGUCGCAGUUGCUUGUGAAAAUUUAGGCAUCAAAAAUAUCACUUCUGACGCCUCAGCCACCCUAAUCAACGACUCUGAGAUGCGAAUUCGCCAAGUAAUUGGUCUGGCUAUCAAUUUUAUGAAAAGAAGCCACCGGUCUCAGCUGCAAUCUAAAGACAUCAAACGCGCAAUGAAAUUAUGUGGACUUGACGUAAUCCAAACUUAGAACAUUUAUGGCUUUCCAAGCAGCGUCCCUUUAAAGUACAAAAAUCUGCCAAAUGACGAAGAUGCCUGGAUUAUUGACGAUGCAGAAAUCCAGCUUUCCGAGUUUUUGACUAGUAAAAUCUCCCCACCUUUUGAUGUAUCUUUGCAUUCCCAUUGGCUCGCUAUCAAUGGAAAAGUCCCAAAUAUCCCUGAAAACCAUACAGAAAACGUCGUAGAAGAAGAAAUCAAAGAAAAUGUCCCGAACGACAAAAUUUUGAUUGGGAAUGUCACACAUCAGCUGUCACUGCAGCAGCAGCUGUAUUAUAAUACCAUUUUAGAGUCCUUGCAGACAGGGAAAAAGCUGCAGGUGGCGCUUGAUUCUUUGUAUAAUGAUUCGAGCAUUACACAAGUGGUACCUUAUUUGGCAAGAUCUUUUUACCAAUUGGUCUUUGAGAGCAACUCUUUAGAAUUACUAGACAGAGCUAUGAAAAUGCUGGGGGCGCUGGCACUGAAUCCGCAUCUAAAUUUAGAGCCUUAUCUUCACCAAAUAAUCCCAACUUUGCUUUCUGGAGUUGUGAGGACUAAUUUAUUAGAAGAGGGGCAUUGGGUGUUUAGAAGGAAUACAGCAGAUAUAGUAGCAAAAGUAUGUGAGAAAUAUAUACAAUAUUAUGAUGACUUAAAAGCUAGGGUUAUUCAGCUUUAUGUUAGUGUACUAGAAGAUCCCUCAAAGCCAGCGUGCACUCAUUAUGGAGCGAUACAAGGGAUUAAUGCUUUUGGAGCACAAACAGUCAAAACUGUCCUGGUUUCACUACUGGGUGAAUAUAUACCGCAUGUGCUUGAGCCGAGAUUGAGAAGCCAGGACUCGUUUAUGUGGAAUCAAGUAAAAGGAGCUUUAAUUGUAAGGGAUAUUUAGGAGGGAUGUAGAAAGGUAGUUAAAGAAAACCCAGCAGCUUAUUCAGGAUUAGAAGAAUUUUUUGGAAAUGAGCUGGCUAUUAUAGAAAGUUAA